AUGGAGGACCCUUGGGGCGCCUCUCCAUGGACGACGCCCGCCCCCGAGAACGACCGGGCCCCAGAACCACCGCCUCGCGCUUUCCUUACGUCCACGACCACCGACAGAUUACCGGGGUUGGAAUUCACCUCGCCCUGGAGUGAUGAUGAUUCCAACUGGGCCUCGGGCUCGCUCAAUGUUUGGGGGAAUGGUGCGACAGACAAUCCGCGGUCCCGAUCUCGAGAGAAUAGUGUACAGAGCCUAGCUGGGUCGCGGCCAAGGUCGAGGGAUAAUAGCGUUAGCGGUAGGCCAUGGCCGAUAACAUCUCCUGGGAUUGCGGCAAAAACACUAUCAAGGUCAAGUUCGAACUCGAUGUUGAGACUUCCUGGCACACAAUUGGAUCCUUGGGCUUCAGAUACCAGUCUGGAAUUACCUCCCAGUCCGCCCAAGGCUGCCGUCUCGCCUGGUUUUGUUGCAAAGUUCAACCUACAGGAUACAAUACCCGAAACCCCUGAUCAUGAUGAGUUUAAAGAGGUGGAAGUGGAAAGUCUGCAGUGGGGAAAGGAUAAGGAACAGGAUGUCGUGGGACAGAAUGUCACGGAUAUCAAGGACACAACAGAAGACCAUCAAGUUCAAGAUUCCCAAGAGACCGCAUCACAUCAAAAUGGCGAAACAAGAUCACGAGCAUCAACCUCAUGCUCCGAGGAUAGCAGACAGGAACCCAGGCCACAAGACUCACCCAUCACAUCUAUAGACGAAGACUCUAGACCCAAGCUGUUGCCACACAGCCCAAUGCAGAGAAAAGUGUCUGCCAAGGUGUCAAACCUAGCCAAGAUGUUUGACAGCGCUGGAAAAUCGUCUCCGGCAACAUCAAUACCCCGGCCUAUACCAUCAACUCGUAAGAACUUUAAGGAACUUGUCGAGGUAGCUCGAGUCAGCUCGACGACUACAGCCACAACAGUUGCAACUUCGAUACCACGCCCAUUGCCUGCGACGAGGGCUAGCUUCCAGACGCUUGUUCAAGCUGCCAACAUUAGCACGCAACCUGAGCUCCCUGCAACCUCUGUACCACGCCCACCGCCACCUACUCGUACCAACUUUCAAGAGCUCAUAGAUAAGUUUGGCUCUGUACAAUAUCAGCAAGAGUUGACGGACAAAUAUGGUGAUGUACAGUUCACGGCUGACCUUAAAGCCGUCGACGAGCUUUUUGAGAAGCUGGGCCUUAAGGAUACCACUUUUGCAGAUCCUGAAGAUGCCGACGUCUCGGAUCGAAUCAUCAAUGACACAUUUUCAUCAAUUUCUGAACGACGGGUUUGGUAUCGUGUGUCUCGACAAGGGACCAAGAGGCUACAUGAUACCGGUGGUGACGAAUAUUACCGAAGAGUAACUUGGCAGACUUCUGAAGUGCGCAACGAUACGUUCAAGAUUGUGCGGAGGUGGAUGGAAGAAGAUGCUUUUACCGGCCGUCAACCUCAUCUAAGGGGAUACAGCGGGGGAGCGAACAAGGCAAAAGGUGCCGCGUUUGGUUGGGAUUCCUCGGUUCCUGAUGAGCCUGUCAACUUGGAUGAGGUUUUUAAGAAACGACAAAGCGCACCACCAGCACCUAAGAAAGUUGAACCCCCUGCUACUGCAAUGGCAAGUUUUGGAUGGAGCUCAACACCUAGUGUUACAUCGAACGGGUUCUCUUGGAGUACAUCAAUGAUGGACACGGCAAAACCAUCUGCAUCAAAUGGAUCGCGGCCUGCUUCUAUGUUUGCGACAUCAAAACCAUUGGAUCCUCCGAGUUCGGCACCAGUUAAAGAGGACGAUGACGACUGGGGAGAGAUGGUCACAUCUCCUGGAGCUAAUGGAAAAGGGAUGGAUCCUGCGUUCUCUAUCAUGAAGAACUUGGACGCAAGUGACAAGACAACAGACGUUAAGCCGCCAGUCAAGAGUGCAACCCCCGGGAUUCAGCCAGCGCAAUUACCCAAGAAUAUAUCUCCGGAUGUAUUUCAACCAAGUCAUUCCACUACACAAUCGUCUACUAGCGACCCAUGGGAUCUGUCAUUUUUUGGCGCUCCUGAUCCUCCAGCUGCACCUCUUUCCACCACCGAUAUCAAAAACUCAACACCUCGCUCUCACUCACCACUACCUGCCGACUCCAAACCAAGAAAGAUGGUUGCUUUUGAAGGAAUGGAUCCAUCCGAUGACGCUUACGAAGAUGAAGUCCGUCGCGUGGUGCGGAACUUGCCCGACCUGUCGUACAUGCUUCGAUGA